CCCCCCAAAACAAAACAAAAAACUUCCCCCUCUGCAGCUAUCGACCAGCUAUCUAUAGCUAUUCACCUCCAGGCCUUACACUGUCUGCCUGUUCUUACGGGACACAGCCGCGAGCGGGAGUCACCGAGGCCCUGCAGGCCCCACCUAAAACUGCUCGAACCCCACAGUCCCUCCCGCGUAACCGGGAUGGCAGCGGGGUGAGCGGCGUCCGCCAGAGACCACCCACACGGCUCCACGGCCCCACAAGCCCCGCUACACAACCACCGCAACCCCUCCGCCGGGCCGGCGAAGGCCCGGUGCCGCACACGCCCCGGCCCCGCUCGCUCACCCGCCCGACCCCGGCCGCUGCGGGGCUCGCGCUCCGCUCCGGUCGCGGCUUCUUUUCGAAUCCGACCAAUGGCAGCCCACGGCGCCGCGCGGCCUUCUGGGAGGACGGCGCUGCGCCUGCGCAGUGCUCGACGGGAAAUGUAGUCCCGGGGAGGCGCGGCCGCCGCCCGAGGGCAAAUCGGGCCAGGCGGCCUCGCCCCGCUGGGUCGGAGCGCCCGGGGCGGCUUGGAGGAGACGGUGGCUGUGCGGGGCCGUGGGGUCACCGCCACACGGGGCCGCCGGCGCUCGGACGGACCCGCGGCGACAGCAGGACCUCGGCUGCCGCGGGAAGGCGCCCUAGCCCCGCCGGGCCUGCCUUCACCGGCCUGCAGCGCCGGGACUUCGCCUCUCUCGGGUGCGGCAGGAGGACGAGUCAUGAAGAAGGAGUAUUUCCAGGGCACUGCCAUUCCAAAUGGAAGACAGCAUGUUCUCUGCCUGAUGAAAUUUGGGAUGAAAGACAGCAACCACAAUCCCUAAUCUCAUCUCAGAACUGCCAGAGGAGAGCUGUAGAAACCACUUGGACUGCUGCAAAUUCUGGCCACAGGCAUGGGCAAGAUGCAUUCCCAUGGUUUGGAAUGGAUAUCGGUGGAACGUUGGUUAAACUGGUCUACUUUGAACCUAAGGACAUUACUGCAGAGGAGGAACAGGAGGAGGUAGAAAACCUGAAAAGCAUUAGGAAAUACUUGACCUCCAAUACAGCCUAUGGUAAAACUGGCAUUCGCGACGUCCACCUGGAACUGAAAAACCUGACUAUGUGUGGACGCAAAGGAAACCUGCACUUCAUCCGCUUUCCCAGCUGUGCCAUGCACAGGUUCAUACAGAUGGGUAGUGAAAAGAACUUCUCCAGUUUGCACACUACGCUCUGUGCCACGGGAGGUGGAGCUUACAAGUUUGAGGAAGACUUUAGAACGAUGGCUGAUCUACAGCUCUAUAAACUGGAUGAAUUGGACUGUUUGAUCCAGGGCCUCCUUUAUGUUGAUUCUGUUGGUUUCAAUGGCCAACCAGAGUGCUAUUAUUUUGAAAAUCCUACAGAUCCUGAACAGUGCCAGAAAAAGCCUUACUGCCUUGAUAAUCCAUAUCCUAUGCUGCUGGUUAACAUAGGCUCAGGGGUCAGCAUUCUAGCUGUGUAUUCUAAGGACAAUUAUAAAAGAGUUACAGGAUCCAGCCUUGGAGGAGGAACAUUCCUGGGCCUGUGCUGUUUGCUCACUGGCUGCGAGACGUUUGAAGAAGCGCUGGAAAUGGCCGCGAAAGGAGACAGCACCAAUGUGGAUAAGCUGGUGAGAGAUAUUUAUGGAGGAGACUAUGAGCGGUUUGGCCUUCAGGGAUCUGCUGUAGCAUCAAGCUUUGGUCAUAUGAUGAGUAAAGAAAAGAGAGAUUCCAUCAGUAAAGAGGACUUGGCCAGAGCUACCUUGGUCACCAUCACCAACAACAUAGGUUCUAUUGCUCGCAUGUGUGCAUUGAAUGAGAACAUUGACAAGGUGGUGUUCGUUGGCAACUUUCUCAGAAUUAAUAUGAUUUCUAUGAAGGUGCUGGCAUAUGCUAUGGAUUAUUGGUCCAAGGGACAGCUAAAAGCUCUGUUUUUGGAACAUGAGGGUUAUUUUGGAGCUGUUGGGGCUCUUCUAGAAAUGCUUAAAAUGACAGAUGAUCAGUGAUGAAGCUGUCUGAGGAGAUUUCUACUGCAGAUGCUGCUGGGUAAGAGUGAAAGCCACUAUAAGGAUGGAAAUGAAGCCAUUAUGGUAGUUCUACCUGCUGGAUUUGUAAAUAAUUUAAAAUCCUUUUAGCUGAUCUUUGGUUUCUGGGUUUUGACCUUCUACUUCAGAAUUCAUACUGGGAAUUAUGAGAUUUUUUUUUUUUUUCUGUACACUGUAUUUUUUAGGGGAAAAAUGUGCAAAGUGUCCAAACAUAGAUUCUAUGGAUUUAUUUUAAAAAAAUGGAUACUGUUUAAUGUAGGACCUGUGAUAUGAGGCAUCUGCUUUUCUUCUGGGGUUUACUGAUUAGUGUGGUAAUUUUAACUUCAUUUAGUAAUCACUCUAGGAGAUUUUUUUUAUCUUAUUUUCAUGACGUUUCAUGAUUUGUUCUUGGUUUCAAAUGAAACUGCAAAGCUGAUGCAUUGUACUGUGAAAACUAAUAAUUGAUUUUUUUGGCUUUCCUUUCCUCAUUAGAUGAGACACUUUAACAUCUCUCUGACCCCCCCCCCCCAAAAAAAAAAAUUGCAAACCAUUCUAUGGCUAAAUGCAUUUCUUCAAAGGACUGUGAGGAAGCUUGGUAAUGGCAGGAGGUUUAAGAUGGUAAUUUUUCAGUAGUUAUGAAUUGCAACAGGAAAAGACUGCCCACUGGUUUUGCAGGGCUGAUGCUUCUCUAUAAUAAAAAUUUUAAAAAAGAUGUGAACUAAAAUUUUAAUUAAUACUAAAAUGAAAAUCUGUUUCUGAUUAAGGCCUCUGAUCAACGUGAGGAGUUCUGUAGUAAAGAUGUUAUUCACUCUGGGUAUUAGAUGACAAAUGGAGAUUGUCUUCAGUUUUUUUCUGUAGUUUGCAAGUUUGAACUUGUUCUUAAUUGAAAAUAACUGAUAACAUUAUUAAAAGUCCAAUUACUAAAAUUAGAAAAAAAAAUAACCAAAGUAUUUUCUGCUUUUCAACUAGUGUUAACUUUCCCUCCAGGACACUAAAAUUGGAGUAUUUAUUCCAAUACCAUAUUUUCUACCUUUUCUGAUUUGUGGACCUAUCUAGAUGUUUUUCCCUAAGUUGAAUUGAGAUCCCUUUGAAAUCCAUGUACUUAGGUUGCUGUGGAGGAUGUAUAAACUUGCUUUCCUCAGACACUUUGAGGGCUCACAAAUGAGAGACUGAAAAACAGUUUGUAAAUUAUUUUGUCUUGCAAGACUGUAUGUGAUGUCACAUAAUGUAAAUGACUCAUCAGAGGGACAGUAUAAAAUUCAGUAUAUUUUUGGAAGGGAGUAUAUUCCACUUUUUUAAGUCAUUAACUUACGUAUCUCCCAAAUGUUGAAAGAUGAUAAUAUUAACUGAAGUGUUAACUUAUCUGAUGGAAAUAAAGACCACUACUGUUUUGACAGUUUUAAUGUAUCUGUGGAAUUCAUUUCAUUAAAGCAAUGAUGUGCCAUACAUGACUGCAUAAUUCUGUGAUAAUAGUUUGAUUCUUGACAUGUUUUUACUCUUCAUAACAAAGCUUUAAUCUUUGAAGCCUUUUGCCUGCAUGAUGUUGACUUUAAAGGACUGUAAACAAAAAUAUG